AGUCCCGGGGCACACAUGGAGACAGACAUCAAGUGCUGUUGGAAGGUCAUCAGCUCAGUGAAGGACGCCCUUUGGUCUGCCCCAAACCUGUUGGUCUCCCAGCUCAGCGAGAUGUCCGUAAGGGAACGCUGCCGAUGGGCACAGUCCCGGCAGCAGGAGUCCGUGCUGAGGGACGCACUGAAGCUCGGUGCAGCCGAUGCAAAGGCUCUGUGGGGAAGGAGAAUCUUAUCGCCCGGUUUAUUUCUUUCCAACGUCGCCAACACUUCACCUGCUGUGGCGCACUGUGGGACGCCCUGGGGAGGGCUGUGUGAGGCGCUAUAUAAACGUAAGGUCUCCGUUUCUCCGCACCCACUGACGGGCUCGGUGCACACAGCGACCAGGGGAAAGUGCUGGGGCGCUCCGUCUCUGAACUGCAGCAGAGGCCCGGCCCGAAUGAUCGCAGCUGCACCCAAUCCCUUGCACAGUUUCACUCUCUCCGUCCCGCCCAUUUACAACAUCCAUUUUGCGGAAGUUAGUUAUCUUCCUCUCUCCCCGGGCGGUGGUCGCCGUUGCUCCUCGCUCCACACUGGGGAAGCCGUCUCACGUUGUUGCUGUGCCCAGGUGACAAACUGCCCCGCGGGGAGCGGGCACCUUCUGCUCGAGGAGGGUCUCGGCCCCUCUGAAGCGGCUGCUCCCGGGACUGAUCAGGUUUGACGACCAGUGACUGUGAAGAUGUUCCCAGCACUCCCGGGCAAGGCUCGUUCCAGACCCCGAUCCACAUGACAGGUGGAAGAUUCUAACGGCAGGCAGAGGCUCAAUGUUCCUUUGCCCAGCAAAUUGUCCUUGGCCACUCUGCACAAGGUUUUGAGUCUCCUACUGAGAUGGGAGUGGUUCACUGCACUGUGCUGUCACUGUAUGGGAUUCUCAUCUCAGUCCAGGGUAAUGAACACAUCUUGUCCGAUUAUAUUUAUCUCAUGGAGGUGAUGCAUGGAGUUAGAAGAUUCACAUUUU